ACGUCAAACGGUUUGGCUAAGAAGACGCGGUGACGUAACUUCCGUCAGAGAUUCAACAUGGAGUCCGGUCUGAAGCUGAGUUUCUGGGAGCACGGACCAAAGCCUGGACAGUUUUACUCUUUCCCGGACAGCAGCAGCAGCAGCGGGCCGGUUCCAGCAUGUGGGCCGGUCAGACACACACUUAAUCCAAUGGUGACCGGGACGUCGGUGCUCGGCGUGAAGUUCACCGGUGGCGUCAUGAUUGCGGCAGACAUGUUGGGCUCCUAUGGUUCUCUGGCCCGAUUCAGGAACAUCUCCCGCCUCAUGAAGGUGAACAACAACACGAUCCUGGGAGCUUCAGGAGACUAUGCUGACUACCAGUACCUCAAACAGAUCAUCGAACAGAUGGUGAUCGACGAGGAGCUGCUGGGCGAUGGUCACAGUUACAGUCCAAAGGCGGUUCACUCGUGGUUGACCAGAGUCAUGUACAACCGCCGCAGCAGAAUGAAUCCUCUUUGGAACACUGUGGUCAUUGGAGGUUUCUACAACGGAGAGAGUUUCCUAGGUUACGUGGACAAGCUGGGCGUGGCCUAUGAGGCUCCCACAGUGGCCACAGGCUUCGGAGCGUACCUAGCUCAGGUAAGAGAGAGAAACUGAUGUGAAGUGACUUCACCUCAACAUCUGCAGUGCUCCUGAUUUUUGUGUGUGUGUGUGUGUGUGUGUGUG